AUGGCCAGGCUUCUGGAGCUUGAGGAAGAUUACUUCCUUAACCAAUUUAGCGACAAGGCUCCCACAACUGUUAGGAUCAACCACUACGUGCCAUGUCCGACACCUGAUAUCGUCCUUGGCUUCAAGGCUCACUCGGACGACGGCGUUCUGGCGACUCUUCUCGUGGACAACGAUGUUCCUGCGCUGCAGGUUCUCAGAGACGGCGUGUGGUACGGCGUCCCGACCAACCCUCGUUCCUUGCUGGUCAACAUGGGAGACUUCAUGGAGGUAAUGAGCAAUGGGAUAUUCAAGAGCCCAGUCCACAGGGUUGUGGCAAAUGCUGAGACGGAGAGGACCUCCAUAGCCAUGUUCUACGGCCUAGAUCCUGAGAAGGUGAUCGAGCCAGCGGCUGAUCUGUUACAUCAGAAGCAACCGGCACGGUACAAGAAAGUGAAAACCAAAGAUUACAUGGCCGGAUUCUAUGAACACUUUGCUCGAGGAACUAGGGUUCUCGACUCUAUGAAGGUCUAA